AUAAAGAGAAUUCCUAUACAAGCCGGCGGGUUGGCGUGCUCUAAAUAAAAUCAUUUUCGUAGAGUUGUUCGUUCGUCCGCAGUAAAUUCGAGUCAUCGGGAAAUGGUGUACGCGUAGAAAAGUGAUUUUCGUUUUUUCUAAAAGUUAUUUUCGUAAUCGAACCAUGGGAAAUAAGCGACGUUUGAAUAAGUUCAUAUCCAAAUGGAUAAAAAGCGAUCUCCCAGAGGAACGAAGUACCGUCCUACUGUUGGGAGUGACGCGGAUUCCUACUUCUCCAAUACCGCAUCGUCGACCGUGUUCCCUACCCGCUUCAACCGCCCCCAACGUUAACGGAUCGGGCGGUGCGAGUAGACAAUCCCAUAGUAAGAAGAUCGCGCUGGUUAGGAGGAAUUCUUCUCUAAAGAAAAGCGGAGGCGGUGUUGGUGUUGGUAUUAGUAGCGGCGGAAGAAAAAUUCAGGUACCGAGUAUCGACGUACACCACGUGGACAUCAUCCGUUCACAGGUAUCUGUUCCAGCCAAAGCAUGUACUGAAAAUUCGUAUCGUCGAUCGUCGUUUAACAGCCAAACCGUCGAAGACUUGGAGACGCCAAAAGCGUCCCCCGUAUCCAGAUGCGCAGCUGUUAAUUUAACGUCUGCGACGACGCCGAAUGACGUAGUGGAAAAGUCGGUCGAUUCUAUUGGAACUUGUUCUCUGGACGCGGAAGCAUCGGUCGAUCUUUCAGAUUGGUCUGAAGCCUCUUCGGCCGAUACGUUACGCAGCGCAAGCGUGGUAACACCAUCUCCGGAACCACAUCUACCUUCUUAUUUGAGUCUAGCUUGUACCGUCAACGGUUAUUCCACCACAACGCAUUACGAUCCCUUACGUUUAGCUUCAAGAUCGCGAGAUGUUUCUCCACACCGGAUAGAUACCGAUCACCAAUCUGUUCAAAAAGUUUCAACUUUUUCUAUUCAAAACAAUCUUCUAUCUCCUCCAAAUAUAGUUCCACUACCUACACUCAAAAUGGAGAACGCCUUAACACAACACCGCAACGAAUUCUACAGCUCUCUGAAAACUUCCACGUAUAUGAGUAAACAGUCGUAUUCUUCCGGAAUAUUCAGUAGUAUAACCCAAUCGAAAGACACGACCGACAGUUGCUUGGAAAACGGUCAUCAGACCAUCCAAAAUAAGUGCGUCAGCUUCGAAAGCACCAGCAUGACGGAUACGGGCGGACAAAGGAAAUGCGUAUCGGAAACCAGUAUGAAACAAGAAUAUUCCAACGGAAGUGAAACGAAAUCGUUCAUACAACAAAGAGUGGAACGCCUCUACGGACCGGGCGCUCUGGCGCAAGGUUUCUUCAUAACCAAACCUCAGAAAAGCCGCUUAUCCGAAUCCGACAGCAAAACGCACACCCCCGUCAGCGAUAAACAUUCUAAAUCAAUGAACGACAACCUUCUCGAAGAAGACGAUGAUGUAGAAUACGGUAUGAAACAGAGUACCAGUAGUCCAACUCUUCCGGUCCUAAGGCAUCUUCGACCCGAAUUUAGGGCGCAACUACCGAUGAUAAGUCCCAGAAGGGGACAACAAUUAGAAAUUACGACUAUACAGAAGAGUAUCACCGUACCGAAAUUGAUAAAUGAGAUUAAAGUGAAUGGACAUUCGAAAGCCAAUGAAGCCGAAACGAUAUCCGAGGUUAAGGAAGAUGUUAACGGAACAUGUAAUGAUAAAUCUGUAAUAGUGGAAAAAGAUGGUCAUUAUUUUUUGAAAAUCCUUGAGGAUCAAACAAAAAGACUGUUGGAAUUAGCCGCUAGAGUAGAAAGUGAUAUGUCAUCACCAGAUUUAUCGGAGGAAGUAAUAGGAAAACUUAGAUCAGCAUCAGGAAAAGCGAGACUGUUGGUAUCGCAGAAAAUGCAACAAUUCAAAGGUCUAUGUACUAAUAAUAUUAAUAGGACUGCUGGCGAAGCUUUCCCUACGACCAAUGAAGACCUCCAAGGCUUCUGGGACAUGGUGAUGCUUCAAGUAGACCAAGUCGACGCUAUUUUCAAAGAAAUCGAUGUACUAAGAAAUAAUAAUUGGAAAGAACCGGCAAAAAUUGAGGUUAAGAACACUCAAAACGGUACAGCCAAACCUAAAAAGGCCGUAACGCGUAUCAGGCCAUCCUCCGCCGCUAACGAGGAAGCCAGAAAACAGAGGGAAAUCGAGAGAAAAAGGAUGAUAGAAGAAAAACGUAAAGCGAUGAAAGCAGCUCAACAGUCUAAACCUACUAUCGAAAUUUUUGUACCCGAAGCUAGUAGCUGAGAUUCGACUUCGUUUUAGGUAUUAUAAGAAGGAUAGGAAAAGUGGUUUGGAAAGGAAAAGAAAAUUUGAAGAAUGUUCAACUCCAAUACUGAAAAAGGACAAGAAUUUUUUUUAAAAAAAUCUGUUUUUACUGGAAGUAAGUUUUUUUGACAAAAUAAAUGAUUAAAAAAUACCUCUAAUUCAUUUAUGUAUAAAAAUUUAGUGUUUUAUGCGAUUAAAUAUUUUCUAGGUC